AUGGCAGUGGACAUAGGCCGAGCAUCUACAAGCAAGGUCCGCUGGGGAGAACUCGACGAUGGCGCCGAAAACAUGGAUUUCUUUCUUCCACCGAGGAUGAUAAUUGGACCUGAUGAGAACGGCGAGAAGAAGGUAAUUGAGUACAAUUUCAACGAUGAUGGAAAUAAGGUUAAGAUCAUAACCACGACACGCACCUGCAAGCUUGCUCGCGCUAGGCUUUGCAAGCGUGCUCUGGAGCAUCGGGCAUCAAAGUUCGGUGAUGUUGCACACGAGGAUGUCAGUAGCCGACUUACUAUGGUCUCUAUGGAAGAAAUAAUUCCUCCCUUCUCAUCUCACAAGCAGGCCGGCGAGAAGGGAGUUUUGACAGUCCUCCAACGACUAUUGGUGGUUAGGGCAAAAAUUUGGCUCUGA